AUGUUGUUGGACUACUGCUGUCGUUGUUGUGGAUUCACACUCAUAAAACGCCAUGGACCCGUCUCCCUCAAGACCACACCCAGUGACACCUGGGUCGUCCUGCAGAACCUGUUGAUGUGCAUGGUGUGCUUCUACUCUCUCUACUACAUCGUGGUUAGUCUCUGCAUCGGACUGCUCAGGGUUCAUGAGAUCAACAGCUUGUUGGCACCAUUCGACUACACAACACAACCAUCAUGGCAGAACCCCAAAUACCUGGUCGGUGUGAUUUCCACAGAAGUGACGUAUCUUUUAGGAGGGCUGGUCUUCGCCUGGAUUGUAGAGGAGUGGGUCUGGGAUUACGCCAUAACUGUCACAUUGCUGCAUGUCGCCAUGACUGUAGCAGUGAUGUCAGACUUCCCUUCAGCUGAGCACUGGUGGAUAGCUCUGGGUUCAGGUCUGGUCAUGAUGAUAUUUGGGGGACAGCUCCUGGCCUACAAACUCUUCAGGACCAACUUUGUUUAUCCCGCUGAACUGCAGAACUUCUAA